AUGACGGUGCCGCUGUUGAAGAUUGGUGUCGUGCUCAGCACCAUGGCGAUGAUCACCAACUGGAUGUCGCAGACCCUCCCCUCUCUGGUGGGGCUCAACACCACCAAGCUGACGGCAGCGCAGGGGGGAUACCCGGACCGGAGCACUGGAGUCUUGCCAGCCAACCCAGAGGAAUCAUGGCAGGUGUACAGUUCAGCCCAGGAUAGCGAGGGAAGGUGUGUCUGCACUGUGGUGGCACCGCAGCAGUCCAUGUGUUCGCGGGACGCUCGCACCAAACAACUGAGGCAGCUUUUAGAGAAGGUGCAGAACAUGACACAGUCCAUUCAAGUGUUGGACCAGCGGACCCAGAGAGACCUGCAGUAUGUGGAGAAGAUGGAGGUCCAGCUGCGGGGGCUGGAGACCAAGUUCCGACAGGUGGAAGAGAACCACAAGCAGAACAUUGCCAAGCAAUACAAGGCCAUAAAAACGAAAAUGGAGGAGCUUAGACCGUUGAUACCAGUGUUGGAGGAGUACAAAGCCGAUGCCAAAUUGGUAUUGCAGUUUAAGGAGGAGGUCCAGAACUUGACGUCAGUGCUAAGUGAACUCCAGCAGGAGAUGGGGGCCUAUGACUACGAGGAGCUGCACAACAGAGUGUCAAAUCUUGAGGGGAGACUCCGUGCAUGCAUGGAAAAAUUAGCAUGUGGCAAACUGACCGGCAUCAGUGACCCCAUCACCAUCAAGACGUCCGGGUCCAGGUUCGGGUCCUGGAUGACAGAUCCUUUGGCCCCCGAAGGAGACACACGGGUGUGGUACAUGGACGGUUACCACAACAACCGCUUUGUGCGCGAGUACAGAUCCAUGCACGACUUCAUGAUGUCGGACAACUUCACGUCCCACCGCCUGCCGCACCCAUGGUCCGGGACGGGUCAGGUGGUCUACAACGGCUCCAUCUACUUCAACAAGUUCCAGAGCCACUUCAUCAUCAAGUUCGACCUGCGCACCUCCUCCAUCAGCAAGUCCCGGCAGCUGGACCAGGCGGGAUUUAACAACGCAUAUCACUACUCCUGGGGGGGCCACUCGGACAUAGACCUCAUGGUGGACGAGGGCGGUCUCUGGGCGGUCUAUGCCACGCACCAGAACGCGGGGAACAUUGUGAUUAGCAAGCUGAACCCCAACACGCUGCAGAUCGUCAAAACGUGGACCACGAACCACCCCAAGAGGAGUGCCGGAGAGUCUUUCAUGAUCUGCGGAACGCUUUACGUCACUAACGGGUACUCGGGCGGGACGAAGGUGUACUACGCCUACUCCACCAACUCCUCCACGUACGAGUAUAUUGACAUUGAACUCCAGAAUAAGUACUCUCAUAUAUCCAUGCUGGACUACAACCCUCGGGACCGCGCCCUCUACGCUUGGAACAAUGGCCACCAGGUUCUCUACAACGUCACGCUGUUCCACGUCAUCCGCUCGGAAGAACUGUAA